UGUGGCCGUCGUCGCUGUGCCCUCGGAAUAAGCUUUUGUCUUUUUCCUUACUCCAGCUCCAAAACGAAGUGAAGUGGAAGCAAAAUCCAACAACUUUUUGCUGACACUUUGCUUCUUAUUUAAACAUUUAAAUAACCAGGUCUUGUCUUUUCUGGCCAAAUCGUCUUUCCUGUUGAUCUCACUCCUGUGGUCUGCUCUUGCUCCUGUUUAUACUCCUGUUUGGUCUGCUCUUUGCCACUUUUUUUCCACUUUCUUUCUGCACUUGAACAAAAUCCAACCAGAUUCAACUCUAUUCAGCCCUAUUUAUAUCACCUUGCUCUCCCAUUGCAUUUCAUCCACUCAAACACAAGAAAUUUCAUAUAGAUCAUGUCUCAAGAUCAGUCAAGGAACAUCAACAUUCCAAAGCCAAAGCCAAAGUUUUCUGUGGACUUCAGCGACAGUGCCUCUCUGAAAUCUCUAUCUCCUCCAAUUCCUAGCAACUUCAGCAUCAACACCUCAAUUACAAACAACAACAGUCUCUACCAAAAUCAAGAACGUUUGAUUUAUCAUGAAAUUGAAAGAAGAAACUCCACCUCCUUCAACAACUCUUUGUACAAUAACAGCCCUGCCAAAUCAAUCACAAUACUAGAUAUCUCAACAAACUCAAAAUCAAACCUUUCUUCAUCUUCCAUAUCCUCUUCAAAUUCAAAUCAAAACCAAAACCAAAACCAAAACCAAAACCAAAUUCCUAGUUCAAUUUCAAUUUCAAAAAAUAUCAACAUGAACAAUAAUCUGACCAUAAAUGAUAAUACCUCCACCCACACAAACACCAACAACAACAUAAGCAGCUUUCCCUCCAGCAUAUCGUUGGCCAACAGUGCCUACAUCAAAUCUACCCCUGCCGAUCCUCACACAACUAAAACUGAUGUGGAGUCAAUUGUCUCAGUUAGAAGAAGUUUUUCAUCAAAGUCCAUCCAGAACUACUCUGACGAUAAUCUCAAUGACACAACCUUCAACACUAACUCAAACACAAUCAAAAACUCAAACUUGUCUGCCAACCUCUCCUACACUCUCACCAAUGCCAGCUCCACCUUAAAUAACAACAACCCAACUGUUGACUCCCACCACGACUCUCAAAGUGUCCACAGCACUUUUCGUGACAGAAACAAAACCAUCACUCCCAAAGAUGCUCUUCAAUCCUUAUCAAACUUGGCUUCAGACCUCAAUGCCAACAGCCCAAACCCCAAUUCUACCAACAAGAGGUACUCUUCUCUUAACAACGACCAGUCAAGCAGCAACAGCAACCUUGUCAACGUCGACUCAAAUGAAACAACAAACAACAUCCCAAACAAUAACAACUCCACCACCUUCUUCUCAUCUGUAUUCAGUGCCACUGCCUCCUCAAUAUCAACCACCUUUCAAAAAACAUUCAAAAAUAACAACAACAAUACCAAUCCCAAUUCCAAUGACAACGACAAUGAUUCCCAGCUUUCAAUCAACGACUCUCAAAACCUAUCUUCCCCCUUUAACCACCAUAAAAGAGCUCCAUCGGCUCCCAUAUUCCAAUCCAAUUACUCCAUUACAAAUGACACAAACGCUUUUGACUCAGAUGGAAUAACCGCUACUCCAAACAUGCUCUCCUACCGUCGUGGUAGAAAAGUCUCCAACUCAAUUCACUCUCCUUCCCAGCUAAAGCCCUCGAACGAUUUCCUAUCCUCUGCCCCAAUGUUGCUUAAAGACUCCCAACAAAAGUCUUUACUACAAAGACACAGCAUUCCUGCUAACAUCAACAGCAGUGAUGGAAGUCUUAACAGCAUCAACAACAGCAACAGUAUCAAUAACAACAAUAACAAUAACAAUAACAAUAACGACAUAAAUGAACGCUACAACAAAAAACACUACAUUGACGAAAAAGCUCUUUCCACAAAAUAUAGAUUCGCCUCUCUAAAAAGAAACCAGGAAUUUCACGAAAUUUUCAAAUCAAUCUCAACAGACGAUAGAUUGAUCGACGAUUUUUCUUGCGCCUUGAGCAGAGAAAUCCUACUUCAAGGCAGAAUAUACAUUUCAAAUAACAGCAUCUGUUUCAAUUCAAGACUACUAGGUUGGGUAACCAACUUGGUCAUCUCCUUUGAUGACGUUGUAGGCUUCGAAAAAACCUCAACUGCUGGCCUAUUUCCCAACGGAAUAGCCAUCCAAACAACUUUCUCAAAACAUUAUUUUGCUACCUUCAUAUCAAGAGAUUCAAGUUACGAAUUCUUUGAUAUCAUCUGGAAAGCAUACAUGACAAAUAAACUCAUCAAUGACGACUCUUCAAAUGGUUCCAAUGGGUCCAAUAGUUCCUCGAACAAUCUAUUCACAAAUAAUCAAAAUUCUCAAAAUAUCAAUAAUAAUGACACCACAACUACCACCACCACCAAUAAUAAUAAUAAUAAUAAUAAUAAUAAUAAUAAUAAUAAAACGACAGAUAAUGAGCAUGCCAACGACAACAAUAACUUGGAUCGAUCCCUAACCUUGAGUAACAGUAGUAGCACCAUUAUAAGGCAGGCCUCAAACAAUAGUGAAAUAGAUCACAACGGUUCUUUAUUACCAAAUGGCAAUACUACCUCUAACGAUAAAAACAAUAGCAAUAAAAGACAUAGUACCAACAAUAGUCUUGACUCAAUUCAAAAGCAAAUUCUAAGUGUUGACGAUGAGUCUGAUUUUGACGAAGAAGAUGAAGAAGACGAAGAAGACGAUGACGAGGAUGAUGCUGGCUAUGAUGACGAUGACGAGGAUUCUUCAAGUAAUGGAAACCAUCAUGAUGACACAUUUGACUUUGAGAGACACAGCAGAUCUUCUAUUUCUCUGCCUCUUGCUAAUGGCUCCUUAACAGACUUACCCUUUUCAGGUCCUGUUAUUCAUCAACCAACUGAAUUUUUUGUUAAUUCUGAUGAUAAUAAUGAAAUUAUAUUGAAAAAGGAUGUCAUAUUAGAUGCUCCACUAGGCUAUAUUGUUGAUUUAUCAUUUGGUGAAACCGAUAUAACAUUUCAUAAAAAUUUUUUAAAAUCUCAAGACUCUUCUGAAAUCACUGAGUAUGGAAAUUUUAUAUUGAACAAAGAAAAAAAUAGAAAAGAAAGAAGCUAUCAAUAUUUAAAAGCAUUGAAUUUUGCUAUUGGCCCCAAAUCAACUCAAGUUAAAGCUAUCGAGUAUAUUAACAACUUUGACUUGAAUCAGAACUGCGAUAUCAUUCUAAAAGUCAUGACGCCCGAUGUUCCAAGUGGUGGUGUAUUUGACGUUGAUACAAGAUAUCAAUUUGCUUGGGCUGAAAAUAACAAGACAAAAUUGGCAAUUUCUUAUAAAAUUAAUUGGUCUGGUCGUAGCUGGAUAAAAAGUAUGAUUGAGAAAAGUACUCUAAGUGGCCAACAAAAAGCUGCAGAUGAUUUCACUGAAAUGUUACAAACAGAUAUUAAACAAAAUUCAGCCAAAAUAAAAGAAUAUUACAGUAGAGGUAAAUUACUCAAUGAACCUGCUGAUAAUGUCACCAAAAAGAAGACUAAGAGAAAACCUUCCAAAAAAUCGUCAGUCAACUCACUUAAAAAGCAAAUGGAAGCUAAAUACAAAGAAGCUAAAGAAAAGGAAAUACAAGAAAUUAAGAAUAAAUUCAACAAAGAACCAAGAACAUUUAAUUUAUUAUCUAUAUUUUUUGUAUUAUUUUUCAUGAUUUUGAUUUUAUUUUUCAUUCAAUAUCAAUUUCUUCAAAUGAUACAAUUACAAAAUCAACUUUUAGUCAGACUAGAACUGAAAUUGGAUAAUAUAGGAACCCUCAAAACCUAAUUAUAAGAACUAGUUAUAAUUAAUCUUCAAUUGUAUUAGUUUUAAAAGUCACUAUUGCUUUCUGAUUUUUUGAUAAUUGUUAUUACUUUUAUUUUUAU